AUUUCAUUGCUGAGGAACAUUUUUCAGCAAAGUUACACUUAAAAUGGCACCGAAGUACAGUGCCAGCCUGAGAGGACCUUUGCCUAUUUUGCUUAUCUCCUUCCAAACAUUUUUUAUAUUGAUCUUUUUGUUUUUAGUUUCCCACAACUACAACUAUGAAGAGAAGUACCUUCAGCGGUAUCCAGCGUUUCAAGACGUAAAUGUUUUGAUCAUCUUUGGAUUUGGCUUUUUCUUUGUGUUCUUGCGGAGAUUUGGAUUUAGCGGUGUUGGAUUCAACCUUCUAAUAGCAGCAUUUGGACUGCAGUUGUCUGUCAUACUGGAUGCUUUCCUGUUUGGUCCAAAAAAUGGAGCUCGAGUUGUUGGUUUAAAAAGUUUAUGCAGAGGACUAAUGAGCGUUGUACCAGUGUUAAUCUCAUCGGGAGCUGUCCUGGGAAAAAUGAAUUCAAUACAGUUGAUAGUUAUGACUGCAAUUGAAAUGUCAGCAUUUACUGCAAACAGAUACAUCAUGACAAAGUAUCUAAUGAUGGGAGAGCACAUUAGCAUGAUGCACACACACAUCUUUGGCGCAUUUUAUGGAUUGGCGGUAUCCUGGACAAUCUCUUUACCAUCCGUAAAUAACGAAUUCAACAAAGAAAAGGAAAAAUCUGAAAAGACCUCAGAGUUAUUUUCAAUGUUGGGGACUCUUUUCAUGUGGAUGUUCUGGCCUUCAUAUAAUUCUGCGUUACUUCAAGAUUACGUGCAAAUAAGAAAUGCAAUCUGCAACACCUAUUUCACACUAGCUGUUAGCACGGUUACCGUGUUCUCAUUUUCUUCUCUUUUUAAUCGGAAUGGAAAACUGGAAAUGGUCCAUGUUCGUAACGCUGUGUUGGCUGGUGGAGUUUCUACAGGAUUUACAGCUUUCAUGGUGCAGUACCCAUGGAUCACAAUGACCAUAGGAUUAAUUGCUGGACUCAUUUCCACACUUAGUCUCAAGUAUUUUCAGAGAACACUGGAUAAGGUUUCACUUCUGCAUGACACCUGUGGCGUUCUGUAUACAUUUGGGUUCCCUGGUUUAAUAGGAGGAGUUUCCUACUCGAUCAUUAUCAUAACAGCAGAUUACAACGGCAUUGACAUACUGGGCUACCAAGCCAUUGUAGGUGUUGGUUCCAUCUUCCUAACGUUGGCUAUAAGUAUGGUCAGUGGGAUUGUGACAGGUCUUCUGUUGAAAUGUAAGCUUUGGAGGCCACCCAAAGAAUUUCAUUUUUUCCAAGACCAACCUUUUUGGGAACUUUCACAUCUGACGUCUCACCUUUAAGUAAUGAUGGGAAUUGAAGUUUACAAAUAGCAACUUGCGGAACGGAAAUUAGUGCACAUUAUAUUAAACUUGUGGCUUAAUUUACCCAUAAAGAUAAAGAAAGCUAAAACUAACCUAUGUUUCUUUAAAGAGGACCUGACACAAAUGAAUUAUGCUUUUAAUCACCUUUUACUUAUCUAAUAGUAUGCAAGAGGUGCCUUCCUAUUAUCUCAUCACAUUUUAAAUCCCUACUUUGCCCUAAGGUACCUUGUGAUAAUAACAUUAUUAGAAACUCUGCAACUGCAAACAUUCAUGAAUGGGACCAGUUCAAGGAAGAGUAAAGUAUGUAUAUAUUCUGCUUUGAAUAGCAGAAGGAUUCACAUGCAAUAUUUGGCCAUGGAUCAUGGGAUCAUGUGCAUUAAAAGCUCUAGUUAUGUCUUAGAUGGAUGCAGAUGUGAUACCAGAUAUGGAAAAUAUGUAACAUUAAAUAACGAUAUGUUAUA